UCACACUUCCUCCUAACAGCUCGCUAGCGCAGCCAUUUUGAUUUGGAGCCGCAUCGCCGGAGAGGCUGCCUGGGAAAGGUGUGAAUCCAGAGAGGAGUGAUGUGGGACCAGGGAGGACAGCCCUGGCCGCAGUGGCCUUUGAGCCAGCAGCAGUGGAUGCAGUCUUUCCAGCACCAGCAAGAUCCAGGUCAAGUGGACUGGGCUGCCCUGGCACAGGCAUGGAUAGCCCAAAAAGAGUCGACAGGAACAGAGCAGCAUAAUAUCCAACCCAAUGGCCAGGACAUCCCAGGCAUUGAAUCUGUCGCACAGAGUAACCAUGGUGCCUUCCAGGGUGACCCAGCAUUUGGCAGAAUGUGGCAGCCAGAAUGGGGAAUGCAUGGCCAGCCCCCUCCCCCUCCACCCCCUGAACAGGCCUGGAUCCCUCCAGGGUCAGGACCAAUGGAUGUGGUGAACCCCAGUGAGGACAGCAAUAGCCAGGACAGCGUGGAGUUCAACUCUGAAGCCCACCAUGGGGUUUACCCCCAGAACAGCCAUGGGUAUGGGGCACAGCCCGACAGCUACGCCAUGGCCCCCAUGGCCAUGAACCAGUUUGAUUAUCAGCAUGGAGCUGCUUCAUCCUUCGCCCCCACACCCACAGGUUUCCACUCGCCAUACUGGCAGGGUCCUCCUCAGAACAGGCGAGAUACCAGACCACCAGGGUUCAGAGACCGGCCCAGAUCCCCGAUCCAGCUACCAGUCAAACCUGAAGCCCCAGCUCCACUUGAUGCUGUGAAAAGACGCACACUACCUGCAUGGAUCCGAGAGGGUCUUGAAAAGAUGGACAGGGAGAAGCAGAAAAAGCUGGAGCGAGAGCGAAUGGAGAAGGAGAGAGCAGAAAUGGCAAAAGAUGAUGGCAAAGAGCAUGAGGCGGACGAGGAAGGUGAUGGGCCACGUGUGCCCCGCAAGAGUAAAUUUGACAGUGACGAUGAGGGGAAUGAUGAUAAUGAUGAAGAUGAAAAGAUUUCCAUAAAGAAAGAGUUUUCUGUCAGGAGCCCUUCACCUCCUGUAGAAGACAGUGAACCAGAGAUGACUGAGGAGGAAAAGGAGUUCCAGCUGAUGAUCAUCACCAAAACUCUUCUGACAGAGAUCCUUCUCGAGGUUACAAAUGAAGAGAUCCUGCACGUAGCCAGAGAAACUCACAGGAAAGCCACUCGAGCUCCUGCAAAACAGCUGGCACAGUCAAGUGCACUGGCUUCUCUGACUGGUCUCAGCGGGCUGGGUGACUAUGGUUCAGAUGAAAGUGAAGAUGAGGAUGGCCGCAGCGUCCGAGGAUCCGAAUCUUCUGACACAGAUGAGGAAGAGCUACGCCACCGCAUCCGGGAGAAGCAGGACGCCUUCCGCCGCAAAGAGCGGGAGAUGCAGCAGCUGCAAGAAAAACAAGCACAAGAGGCUCUGCUUGCACGUGAAGAAAUGGCGAAGGAGAGAUUGAGCAGAGAAAGGGGGGAAUAUGAUGAGGGUCAGUUGGAAAAUCCACACAAACAGGAAGUAAAAGAGAGGGAGGCAGAGCCCUUAGGAGACAGGCGUAGGUCUCGUAGUGAGAGGGAAGGUAGUGAGGGCAAGCACUCAGGCAGAGGGAAGGAGCGAUCAGGGAGAGGCGGCAGCGAUUCCCCAGCCAACGGUCACAGCAGCAGCUCCCGCUCCACCUCCAGCCACAGCAGCAGUCGUUCUUCCUCAUCCUCCUCCUCUUCCUCAGCAUCUUCUCGUAGUUCUUCUCGAUCCUCCUCCCCACGACGGAAGAGGAGGCGUAGUCGCUCUUCGUCCCACAAGGCCCGUCGGCGCAGCAGAAGCCACAGCUCCCACAGGCACCGUAGUGAUCGUAGUGAGAAGGGCAGGGACAGGAGGAGGAGCAGUGCAGAGCGAUCAGGCCGCCACAAGAAAGACCGCAGUGAUUCCAGGGAGCACAGGAGUCGCAGAAGUAGAUCCAGAUCCAGAGAGAGAGACCGAGACAGGGGCAGAGCUAGAGCCAGAGACAGCCGCAGUCGGAGCAGAGACCGAGAGAGGGAGAAAGAAAGGGAAAAAGAGAGGAAAAGAAGCAGAGAGCGCAGAGACAGCAGUCACAGCCGCAGCAGCAAACACAAACAAAAGGCCUCUAGCAAAGACAGAGAAAGGAGGAGGGAAAGGAGUCGUAGUCAUGACAAAGACAAGAAAAAGAAGGAUAAGGAUAGGGAAAAAGAGACAGACAAGAAGAAAGAAAAACCAAAAGCCAGAGAAAAAGAAAAAGAAAAGGAAAAAGGAAGCUCUGUAGUUGCAGAGGAGAAUGGCAAAUCAAAGAAAAGGAGAGAGAGUGAUUCAUACACAGACUCCCAGAGUGACAAGCGCUCUCGACACGAUAGUAAAGCCAGCAAGAAGGGCUCUGCCAAAGCUAGCAAGAGACACUCAGACUCUGACUCAAGUAGAUCCCCUACCCCUGAAGUUAGCAAGGAAAAGAAAUCUAAGAAAUCCAAACGUAGUCGCUCAAGGUCGACGGAAAAAUCUCACAAGUCUGGUAAGAAGGCAAGCCGCAAACACAAGUCUAAGUCGCGAUCAAGGUAGUAUUCGUUUUUUUCCUCUUUUUUUACCUACUGUAUGUUCUUAUUGUAUGUCUCAUUGUGAUUUUCUCUGGAGUCCUUUUAAUUGACCUAUUUUCAGUAACUAAAUGAAGAAUGUUUACUGAAUGUUAUGAAAAUGUACUGUCAAAGGCAGCCACAUGCUCCUGUGUAAAGUCAAGUCUGAUGCAAUAAAGGGUUUUAAUCCUUCAUGAUGCUUUGAUCUGUCAAAUACAAAUUUGCGACGAAUGAAUUCCUAACAAGUUUAAUUAAGGCUUCAUAAUCCCCAAUUUUACCUCAGUAGAGCCUAGGCCUCUAUUUUGUUGCAAAUAGUUAAUGUGAAACUGCUUCCUGGUCAAAUAGAAAGAGAAAAUGUCACAGUAAUGCCCAACAUAACCAAACAAAUACAUCUGUGGCUUUGCAUUAUGCUUUGUAGGGUAGAUUUGCUUCUCUAGAAUCUGCAGAAUGCCAGUUUUUGUGGAAGUUACAUAAAAUAUUUUAGACUGUAAAAGUGUGGUUGGUGGGAGGGGGGACUUGUGCAUGUUUGUGUUUUACAGUCUGCACUGUAAAGCGUGAUUAGUGCAGUAUUAAUGUUGGGUCCAUGCCUCUCUUUCAGGUCAGCGUCCCCCUCCCGUCGUAGCAGACGCUGAGGAGCACAGUUAACAUCCUGAUCUGUGCACUUUACCAUUUUAAAUUCCAUGAGUUGAACAGGCUUGUCUCAUUAUAGAGGCAGUUGUGUAGGUGAAACCUCCCUCAUUCAUUUCUUUUACUGUAUAUAUGUUAUUUUUAAAGUGUGACUGAAGAACAAGACAUUUUGAAUGGUAGGAGUUUUCGUUGGCAUCAUUAUGCAGAGUUUAAUAAGACACUAAAAACUCAAGUUGUAUCAUUUUAAAACAGGAUUAACAUUUUUUUUUCCAAAUGCUAUUGUAAAAUGUCCAAUAAAACUGUUUGUUCCUUG